UGCAACUGAAGGACGAGAGGCAGAAUGGCUCCGAAACUCUUCAUUGUUCUUUGCCUUAUAGCUACAGUGUUGCUUCUUAGACCCCAAGAUGUAGAUGCUGUAGAGAUGGUACCAAUACAACUCUUGGUCAUGAACAAGAUCAACAACCAAGCUCCUCAGAAUUACAAUGCCUCAGCUGUGAUGGCAGGAUCACUCCUGGGUGCCAUGACAAGACUGAAGGACAGUUACAGUGACUUUACAUUUGUCGGCCAAGAGAAUCCUGACUUUGGUGUCUUCAUUGAGAGUGUGAACAAUGUGGCUGGGAAUUUUAGCGACCGCACCUUCUGGCAAAUCCUGUCCAACAAAAGUGGUACCCCAGCACCUACACCUGUGGGAGUCAGCUGUUACUUCCCAGAAGCCAAUGAGCACAUCAUCUUCAACUUUACCACUUUUUAAGGACUAUCAAAAUUCUUCUUUGUUCAUUGGCCCUACCAUGUCACAUAGGCACUCGUGACUACUAUGCGGCCAACCCGGGUUCGAUUCCCGGCCCAGGUCCUUACUUCCCUGUCUCUCUCUUCUCUCUCUCCCACUCGUUUCCUGUCAUUACCUUCACUGUCCUGUCGAAUAAAGGCAAAACAGCCCCCCGCCCCCCACCAAAAAAAUAUUCAUAAGCAUUUUAGUCAUCAGUUAGCAUUUGGUGACAGCAUAUCAAGGCAACUCUUCUGACACAUUAUGUUUAUGUUAUUACUGUUUCUGCCAAAAUGUUAAAUAAAAUGUCUUUGCAGCUGAAUUUUUAC